ACUCGAUCUGAGCCGCACAAGCUUGAUCAGACGGCUGCUUCACCGAACAACCGAUCCGGAAGAGAAGAGGAAGCAGGCCGCCGCCGCCGCAGCUCUCUCGUUCAUCGCCCGCCGCCUUCGCAUCCGGCCCGCUUCAGCGAGAAAAAAAUCCAUGGCGGCCGCCGCACCCGUGUACCGGCGGGUGAUGAAGGCGGUGCAGAAGCACGUCGGCGUGGGCGCCGACAAGAAGCACUUCCGCGAGUUCGUGGCCGCCGAGUUCCGCUGCCCCACCGGCACGGAGGCCGACGCCAGAGCCAGGCUGCGGCUCGCCGGGGACUACGCCUACCUCCUCACGAGCGUCCAACACCAGAAGGAGCUGCUAUUCUCGUACAACAUAGCUGUGGACAGAUCUGAAGAAAUGAGGAAGACAUUGAACAAAUCUGCUGCCAGUGUAGGCCUUCAGCUUCCAGAUGUCUACCAGCCGUGAGAGCCACUUUUCCACAUGUCUGUGUGACCCAUGGUACUGUAUUUUAGCCAUGAAAACUUGGAGUAACUUUGCUUGCUUUAGAAAAUUCCAGUUGUUCUGGAAAGUUUAGUCUGCUAGCUGUAAGCAGCUGUACUCUUCCCAAUAAUGAGCUGUGCCAUUGGUUUUGUUGAUGCUUUACACUAUCUUGUUCCAUGUGGUGUAUGUAUUUCUUUGAAGUUAAUUUAUGAGAACCUGUCAUUUCCCUGUUGCAAUUA